CCUCCCACCUUCCUUCCCCACACCCAUCACAAUACCCCGCUCGCCGGAAGACGCUGGAAAUAAUGCAUGAAAAUUAAAUGAUAAUAAAAAGGCCUAACAUUAACCAAGCAUCUCCCACCUGUUUAUCACCUAUUGUUGCAGUAUAUUUUACUGAUUUAUCUUUGUUGUUGUCACGUUCCUUGGGGGCCGGGGCUUGUUAACUAUUUUGACUAUUUUCCCCAGUUGUUUGUCCUUGCCACACAGUGGGUUCUCAAUAGCCGCAUGCUGAAUACGUAAGAAAGACUAAAUUCUAAUGCUAAUGGCUAACCGACCUCAUAAUUUGCCGAUUUAUUUGAUUUAUUGUCUCCACCUUUUAGAAUACAAACUCCCUGGGGACAGGAAUGUUGCUCGGCCUAUGAUUUGCGACCGGCACAGUGCCGGGCUUGGGGCUCAACGGUGAUACGAUCCAAAACCAAAAUCAAAACUGACCCAAAUCCCCGCCCUCCCCCGGGAAGGGGGAGGGGCUGCUAAUGGGCAGGAGCUCUUUUUCCCGGGUGAUGAAAAUGUUCUUAGAUUAUGGCGAUGGUUGCACGACAGUGGGGAAAAUGCUAAAACAAAAACAAAAACAAAAACAUUGAAUUGUGCACUUUUAACUAGAUUAACCGUGGUAUAUAAAUUACAUCUAAAUAAAGCUGCUCUUAAAAUCCCCGCCUUCACGUAGAGGGAAUGAGACGGACAGAGAUCAAGCAACAUCAAGUGUUCGGCCUACUAGAAGGUGCUUUGCACACACCUAGGCACUUAGUAAAUGUUGAUUCAAUGACACCCAGCUGACCCCUUGCCCCCGAGUGGUCUUGCCUAACCUCCCCCCGCCCCUCCCCCUUGUCUUCUGUUCUCUUUCCCUCGCAGGGCCUGCUGUCCACAUCCCUUUCCUGAGCUGUGCACCGGGGGAAUGGCGCUGCCGAGAAAUGCCAACAUGUUUGAUCUGGGCCUGGGCACGUGGAGCCUUAGCUCUGAGGAGGAGAGCCAGAGGGCUCAGGCACCCUCCAAGAGUGUCGGGAAGCAGCUGCCCGAGUACAAGGCGGUCGUGGUGGGCGCGAGUGGCGUGGGCAAGAGUGCGCUCACCAUCCAGCUGAACCACCAGUGCUUCGUGGAAGACCACGACCCCACGAUCCAGGAUUCCUACUGGAAGGAGGUGGCCCUGGGCCAUGGGGGCUGCAUUCUGAACGUGCUGGACACGGCAGGGCAGGCCACUCACAGGGCCCUGCGUGACCAGUGCGUGGCGAUUGGGGAUGGCGUGCUGGGGGUCUUCGCCCUGGAUGACCCCUCGUCUCUAGCCCAGCUGCAGCAGAUGCGGGCCACCUGGGGCCCUCACCACACCCAGCCCCUCGUCCUUGUGGGCAACAAGUGUGACCUUGUGAGCACCACCGGAGAUGCUCGGGCCGCUGCUGCAGCCCUUGCGAAGAGCUGGGGGGCCCCCUUCGUGGAGACCUCAGCCAAGACACGACAAGGUGUAGAGGAGGCCUUUACCCUGCUCAUCCAUGAGAUCCAAAAGGUCCGGGAGGCCAUGGCAAAGGAGGCCAUGACAGGGCCGGGUGGGGAUAAGGCCCGGCACCAGAAGGCCAUGUGCCGCUGCGGCUGUUCUGUGGCCUGAAGAUCUCGGUCAAGAAGAGUGGCCUGCCCCCAGGCUAGGGUGGUGGAUCCUAGACAGGCGGCCACCUCCCCCCCCACCCCCACCCCUCACCCCAGCAACUAGCUGUGUGGGACACUGUUGGUGUACUGGGGAUAGAUGAAUCCCUCUGUUGGGGAGAUUUUCGUUUGGUGAUGGGCAUCAUGGUAACUGGCGAGCGAAGAGAUUG